GCGGUGACUGUGCCAGCUCGGGAAAACUAGUGCUCGCUGCCUACUUGAUCAACAACUAGAGGGGAAACUCGCAUUAGAACCGGCGCUGUUCCGACAUGUCACAACAUAAGCGCUGAGUGCGGGUCGGAAAGCACCGCAUUUAUCCCCCCCGCCCCGGUAGCGGCAGUAGUCCGCGGCCACGCCCUGGAGCCCGAACAAAACUGCUGGCAGUGAUCGGCUGGAGGAACCAUGAGGGAGUACAAAGUGGUGGUCCUCGGCUCCGGAGGGGUCGGGAAAUCCGCCUUGACCGUUCAGUUCGUGACGGGGUCCUUCAUCGAGAAGUACGACCCCACAAUAGAGGAUUUCUACCGGAAGGAAAUCGAGGUGGACUCCUCACCGUCCGUGCUGGAGAUCCUGGACACGGCCGGCACCGAGCAGUUCGCCUCCAUGCGGGACUUGUACAUUAAAAACGGGCAGGGCUUCAUCCUGGUCUACAGUCUGGUCAACCAGCAGAGCUUCCAGGACAUCAAGCCCAUGCGGGACCAGAUCAUCCGGGUCAAACGGUACGAGCGGGUGCCUAUGAUCCUGGUGGGGAACAAAGUGGACCUGGAGGGGGAGCGGGAGGUGUCGUCCGGCGAAGGUAAGGCGCUGGCGGAGGAAUGGAACUGUCCCUUCAUGGAGACCUCGGCCAAGAACAAGAUCUCCGUGGACGACCUGUUCGCAGAGAUAGUCCGCCAGAUGAACUAUGCGUCCACGCCGAAUGGCGACGACCCGUGUUGUGCUUCUUGUGUCAUCCUGUAAGGAAAGUUCUGCACCGUCCUUGCUUUUUGCAAUGUGUGUCUCGGCCUGGCCUUGGAGGAGAAUGAAGAGGAAUGGCGCAGGAUCACAAGAAGAGGGUUGAGUAACUGAGGCAGAGGGUAUGGGUCCACUCUUGAUGAAUUCUGCUGGGUCGGAGAAUCUUUCCUGCGUGGUCAGUGUCCACAAUUGAGGUCUGAUCCCAAGUUGGAGCAACCGCCUCCCACCCACGACUUCCAGACAUGGAAACAAUAUAGAGAACAUUUAAAGAUGCUCUAAAAGGAUAUUUAGUAAAGUAUAUUUUGUUAAAUAACUGCACAGUCACUCCUGGAUGGGUACAACUUCAUGGUUCUUUUUUUGGUGGAGGACUAACCUGACAAUCUCAUCGGGUGUGGGAGGAGACUUUAGCUGACUUGACGUGGGAGGUCGGUGGCGACUGCCUCACGUCCAGUGCCUUCCCCCCCCCCGCCCUAUCCCCUCACCCAACAAACUUCAGCUGUUCCCAUUUAGUGCCAACCCUCUAAAAACAAAAACCUCAGCGUGGCAAAUCCACUCCUCUCCAGAUAGUCGCUUCAGGGCUGACCCUGAUUAUAAAGACUGCAGAGGUUCUGUUCACGGAAUGGUGCUUCUCGUCUCUUCUACGUUUUGGGUCUUUUAUCUUUUCCCCCGUAAUUCGCCUUCGUUCAUGCUGCAGUGUCUGCCUGGCCAAACCUAGAAGUCUUGAAACGCACAGGUACUGGAACAAUAAUAAUGACGCUUCCAGACCUCUUCAAUCAAUCUUAUGUUUUGUAGGACACGUGAUGAUGAUGAUGAUGAUGAUGUGCUACAUGAUGUUGACAAAUCUAAUCUUGAUUGUAUGUUGAAUUUUAGGCCAGCCUUUUAA